AUGGUCACUGGUGCGGAAGAGUGGAGCGAUGUCCAGUGUCACGCCCCGCUGCCGGAAGCACGCGUCGCCGACGGCGUCCUCGAAGGCCGCCUUACGGUGCUCGCCGCCGCCGCUCCACUCAGAUAUGAAGUUGAAGAAGAAAGCGAACAGUUCGUCUGGCGUCCGUGGCGGGCGAGUGAGGAGGCAUUCCAGGUAGCCGCAGAGCCUGGUGAGGGGCGACGAUGCGCCGCCGCAGAAGGCGCCGAGGACGUCCAUGAUGUGUCGGCCUGUGGAGGCACGGGAGGCCAGCCUGGUAAUAUUGGAGAGGCCCAUGGGCGUCUUGCACGGCAUACCGGGGGACUUGGUGUCACAGCCAGAGCAUUUGACACAGGUGCCGUCUGGCGACAGCUGAUGCGGCAAGAACCCUUGUAG